UAAUCUAAUUACUAGUCAUCUGAAAAUUUUCAUAUUUUUAUCAACCUUUCUUUAAAAAAAUCUUGUCACAUUGUCUGUGCAAGAUUGACACUCUGCAGAAUUUUACUAGUCAACUUAUUUUCUUCUGCUUCGGUCAAAAAGAAAAAAUAUUGUGUAUUUCAUGUUGUAAGGUGCUGAAUUAAUUAAUUUGAAAGGAUAAAAUUGAUGAUAGACCAAAGCUGAGCUCUGUUUUAUCCACUCAACCUGUUCGACGAAAUUCCGCUUAGAAGAAAAUCCCAAGAAUGAUAUCAAAGCCGCUAAAGACACUAAUCUCAGGAGCUGCAAUUUGCGUGGGCGGUUUAGCCGCUCUCAAUAUAACUUCUGCUCUAGCUAUGGGCGCUUUUCGUCAAGCUAACGAGCACAAGCUGAGAAAGAAUGGAAUGCCAUGUGGGGUUUGCAGAGGAAAAGGGUUUUAUAUAUGCAAGCUAUGCAAAGGCGACGCUACUAUAAAGUGGUCACCUUUAUAUGAUCCUAUUGUUAUUAACCCUUGCCUUUGUCCUACUUGUGAUGGUCACAGGGUUCAGCGUUGUCUAAAUUGCCGCGGGAAGGGAUACGCUUGAUGCAAUCACUUCAUAUUAUCACAUGUAUUGUGCUUUACUUGGAUUGUAAAGUUUCAAAUCUUUAAGUGAAAGGGAAAUGGAAUUUGUGAUUUGUGGCAGAUGACAGGUUUAUUAGUUAAACUUCUGUGCUAAGGCUGGAAGUGCUCUUAUUUGUUAUUCAUUUGACUUGUUAAACUACCCAAAACAGAAUGUUGUUUAACUUUAACAUCAUAUGAUGCUACUGGAACUGACUAGGUUUUAAGCAUUCUGAUUAUGGGUUUUUGGCGUUGAAUUUGAUAAGUUUACUUUUUAAAGUGAGUUAGUUUCUUGAACA